AUGGAUAGAUUUCACAGAUCUAUAUGUGAUAAAAAUAUGGACAUUUUUCGAAAGACGUGGUAUGAAGGUGUGCACAUAACAUCUAGGGAUGUUAAGGCAAUCGUCCAUAUGGCAUCAGAACUAGGUUUUGUUGACGGACUCCGCUUCAUAGUACAGGAACGAGGUGCAAAAUGUCUUAACCUAGCAAAACGUCAUAACAUGUUCCAUGUCGCUUGCAAAGCUGAACAAACUGAGGUUGUGAAGUUUUUUCUAACUCUGGAGGAAUUUGGCAAAAGUACAACUGUACUUAAUAGUGAAUUUUGGGAUUGUUUGUCCAACUGGUCUGAGGCAAAUAUAAUCGAAGUUAUAAGUGAAUUACUAGUAUUUGGAAAAGUUGACAUUAAUAAAACAAUGGUACCACCGCAAGGCGUAUCUCUACUUUUUCAAGCAAUCGAACAUCGAAAGAAGCGACUUGCAGAUUAUCUUAUUCGAGAGGGAGCCGACAUUAUGUUUGUUAGUAAAUGUGCCUCACUAGGAACUAUCAGUUGUACCUGCCUUUCAGCAAUGCAAAUGCCAUCUCUUGUUCCGAAUUUACUUAAAAGAGGAGGAAAUGCAAAUGAUGUAUACGAUGAAAAUGGACAGUCAGUUCUGAUGUUGGCAUUUGAAAAUAACGCAGACCGGAAGACAAUAGAAGAUAUCGUACGUGCUGGAGCAAAUUUAACCUGGAGAGAUAAUUCUGGGAAAACAACUUUUUCCCUGUUAAAAUCACUAGAUCAGUUCUAUGGUGUCUUGGAUGCAGGCGUCCAAGUAGAAGAUAUUGAAAAACUAUAUGACUUUUCUACGUUGGAGUUCAUCUUUACAAGUAAAAAUAUAAUGAAAUAUAGGAGACUCUUAUUGGAGAAAAAAUUCCAUUCUUAUACCAAAGGCGCUAGAAUUGACUGGAAUGGAUUGAAAGAGCUCAUAAACAUUUUAAAGCAAGUUGAGAUAUCAAAAGGUUCUACUUGCGAAGCUGCUCAUCAUCUUCUGGACCUUGGAGCUAAGACCGGUAACUACUUAUUGAGCAUGAUUAUGGUAGCUUCAAAUGAUGAAGUGUGGCUUAAGUUAGGAAAAAGAUUGCUAGAGUCUGGUGCUGAUCCAAAUGAAAAGUCAACGAAGGGACAAUCAGCCCUUUCAGUUUCUAUUCAACGAAAUCUAUACGAAUUGUCGGAAGAACUAAUCAGAUAUGGUGCCGAUUUCAACUUUGCUGACCGUGGUGGUAAAACACCGUUGGAUUAUGCGUGUGAAUUAGGUAUGACUGACAGAGAAUUCAGAUGUUUAAGAACUCUCCUUAAAUAUCCAGUAAAAUUAAGCAAAAGGAAUGUCUUCGAACACAUUUUUGUUCUAGGAAUAACUAGCCUUCGGCAAUACGUUCGUAAUGAAACAUGCACAAAUAUGGAUCAACACAUUCUCACAUUUGGCGUGAAUGGUGUUUUUCAACUUUUCAUCGCUGGGGCAAAUUUAGUGAAUGAAGAGCCAGGAACUUCUCCCUUGAAAUGUCUUCGUUAUCUUGCAUUUUAUGGAUUAUUUGACUCCAUAAAAUUUUUGAUGCGCUCUGGGUGGAAAGUAGAUAUGGAUAAGAAAUGGAUAAAAAAUUUAGAAAAUGAUGAAAAUUUUAGCUGUGGUUUUAUGGUCGAUGAAACCUGGUAUAUACCUCAAAUUACAGAUGAAAACAGAAAAUCUCUUGUAGCCGUAUUAAACGAAAUUGAGAAAGAACCAAUAACUCUACAAAACCUUUGUAGAAGUGAAAUUCGAAAACAGCUUUCUUCUCAUGGUCAUAGUAUUUUGCCCCUAAUUGAAGAUUUACCAAUUCCAACAAAACUGAAAUCUUUCAUGAAAUUUGAAGAUUGUGAAAGUCCGAAGGAGGAGGAAGUGGUCGUAGAUGUUAAAAGCCCUGAGGACUUAUUUGGUGAUUACUGA